UCAACACAAACAAACAUAACCUCCAACAACAAACCGUCAUGAACAUAAAAUGUGAAAAAUGUGUAGUCGCUGAAUUAGCAAAAUGAUAGUUAGUAUUUUAUUGGAUAUUCAAGUGUUACACGUUAACAAUUGUGAACUGUUUUCAAGGAUAUCAAGCUUGUCAAUUUCUUAUCAUUACUCCAAACGCAUGUGUACGAACUAAGCAUGUACUCUUGUCAGCGGCAACUGUGAUCUCAAGCUUCGCAAUCAAACAGAAUUCUGUAAUUGAAGCAUUUUUGAAGCUAUUCCUUUUGUCUAUCUUGGGUGGCUCAAAACAGAACAUCACUCCUUCGGUCUCUCUCCUCUGCUGCAAGCCAAAGUUCACUGAAUUAUGCUGUGAUCUGAGUCUCCUCUACAAGGUAUGCAAAAUGUGAACAUUAAUUUUUAGUGCUCGUUAAAGCUAAAAAGUGACAAUUCAGAACUUAUGAGUCGAACUUGCAUUUUUUGUCUCGCAACCUGUAAAUCUGGAAAAGAUCGGCGAAAUGAUAGCUGCUUCCGAACCGCAGGUCUUCGUCCCAUAUGGGCGGGAACAGCUAAAAAACCACCUGGGAGACGUUGUUCUUCAGCCGAAUGACAUCCAAGUUCAGUCAGAAUCUUUUCUUGUCCAUCAACUUAGCCAGAUUGCCAUCGACUUGAAUCAAAGGGAAUGGUGGAAACUGCGCGUGAAAGAUGGAGUGGAAGAAGAAUUAUACGUUCGCGGAAAAACAGCAAUUUUCUCUCGCGGGAACAAAGAAAACGUCCGUGAUACAGUAGCCUCCUACACUGUCCAAACGGAUAUCAGUUUUGCGUUAUGGUGUGACUUUUUGUUGUCAGACAACAAUAAACCAGUGGACAAUGAUCGGAUCACGGUCCCAAGUGUUUGUCUACUGGAUGACUCCAAAAUCAAUGUUUUCACAGAAGAUGGCGAAGACUUCAUGUCAGCAUUAGAAUUCAAAGUCACCGGCGCUUGGAAUACCAAGUACGGCCUUUUAAUCGAACGCGUGCUCAGACAGCCGUCGCAGAUGCACACAAUAAAAGACAUGAGCACGCCACAUGGUGAUAAUUCUUCCGCCAGCAAACUCGAUGGUUCAGGUCUGGCCACCAUGUUUUCAUUACUUCAUCCCCUGGAUGAAAUGGCGCCAUUGUUAGUCAUGAAACCUGGAAGCGGCGGCGUCUAUUACAUGUGUGAGCCGAGUAUGAAAGUAGUUUUCACCAGCUCGGAACCAUCCUUGUGCAUGCUUUAUGAUUUUAAAACUGGGCUUCACAGUUUGUGGAAAAUCCGCAAGACGACGACAGAAGAGUGCUUGUUCACGUGCGGUCAGGAAAAUUCUUUGAGUGCCUCCAUUACCCAGUCUCACUUCCUGUCGAACACCCAUACUUACCUGAGUGAUUUGAAGUCUGGUGACUCGAUCAAGAAUUCAGGUAUGUGGAGUGGUAAUAAAUCAAUGUGGAAGUCUCACUUCUCGUCUCCGAUGUUGGGAAGUCGACAUAAUAGCACAUCGAGCAACUCUCCGUUCGGCAUGGGGAAUGUACCUGCCUCUGCACUGAAAGGUCAGUCACCUCACAUGUCUCUGAGACAGCAGCUUUAUGGAGCAUCGCCUUCCCGUAAAGACAUUCUUCUGCAAGCGCACGUUGUGCUAACUCCUGCUUCGCCUGUCGAGUCCCGUCUAGGUAUUAGUCAGUGUGUCUCGGAACUAGAACCAAAAGCGAUAGUGCCAGCGGUCUGUCUCGAGUACAUGUGGACAGAAAAUCAGGGAACCCCAAGGGAGGAGAAGCUUGGCCCAGCCACCAAAGUGUUUUAUAGCACUGAUUUAGUCGGACUGAAGUAUCUGUCGUAUUUAGUACCAACCAAAGAACUGCUGUUCUGUGCUCGGUUGGAAAAAACAAAUGACAAGGAACCAGGUGUCAUUGUUGGUACUGUCAAUUGCGUAAGUGCAAAAGAUGCUGCUUUUUUACCAGCUCUCCAUCUAAUCGUUGUUCUUGAGCCCUCCGGUAGUAUCAUGCUUUAUUCAGGAACAGCUCCUGUGGGUAAACUUCACAUUCCAGUAUUUUUUUCUGCUCCCGAAAUGCCUCCACCUUUGUUCAAUCCAACCGCGACUCCAGCUGACGUCAGUCAUAAUAACAUCGUUCCUGCCCCCGGCUCCCCAUCCUUGAGUUCAAGACGGAGUCUCUUGUCGUCAACAAGAUUAGGUGACGGCCUUUUUGGCGAAACUGACGUUGCUCUUUCACCUGUCCUUACUCAACACAAACUUCCGUCGCAAUCUCUCUCAACUGCGACAACAUUAGAAGCAAAGCACUGUCCGUCACCAGUCUUGCGAUCUAAUCUUAUCCGUGCAUUUGGAGACUCGAUUUCAUCGAAGUUCAUCGUUGAGUAUGAAAGCGGGACGUAUGCUAAAAUUUCUUUGCCUGAAGUUUGUUCCUCUCCGUUGGUUCGAGAAAGUUUGAACGCCCUCAAAUGUUGCUUACCUAGAGACAUGGCGCUUCAACUGUGCGUUCGCUGCUACGCUGCUCGCAAUGCUCCAGGAACACAGGAUAUCACUGCAAUCCAAGACUGGCAGAUAUUCAUCAAUUGUUUAUUAGAGUUGUUGGGAUAUGAUGUUGAAAAAAUUCCGAUUUCCGAAUUUUUCCUAUCCGCUGGAUUAGAAAGCCCAGUAAUUCUUCCGAAGAAGAAAAGACCAUCCAACAGUGGCAAUCAUGAAGAUUGGGAGUAUCUUUUAAGUUCUCAACAUCAUCACAUGAUGUACCCUGAACUGUAUAAUUUAUUGAACUUAAACUCUGACGUCGAACCGAGAACCGCGAGUCCGCCAAGUCAUGGACCUCCUGCCGCCGCCAGAAUCAACACUGCUGCCCCGCUGUUCUCUUCUGCGUACUUCGUUCUAUUUGGUUUGCAUCUUUUAUAUGAGGAACUGAAACUUAGCACUCUGAUGUGUGACAGUUUGCCUAUGUUGGCACAGCUCCUUCACCAGUUGGCAUCAGACUUGUGUAUGAAAGAAUAUGUUCACCAUUACUGGCGAGAUCAUCCCUCUGUUUGCUCCUCAACUCUCGGCAAAGAAUCUCAAGUGACACAAAGUGAUUUAGAUAAAUUAACAGUCCCUCAAUUUUUACCAAAUACCCCUCCAAGUAUCUUCAAACAUCUGUACUGGCUACUCAAAAGAUUCGAGCCACCAGUAUACCCUUCUGUUCCAAAUGUAAAUAACCUAUCAAGAAAUGUCAUCCAAAUUGUAAGUAAUUUCGUCAAUGGCUGUGAUAAUUUAGAUAGGCUAGUAAAAGUAAUUCAACCAUCGGGUUACCACGUAGGUCCAGAAACAAGUGAAAAAGCUAUCUACCGGAGGCUCGCUCAAGAUCCAUCUUUAACAGUCGCUCAGAAAACAACUCUUUUAAUAGCGAAACUCGGCCUGACCCGGCGAGAAAUACAGACUUUACCUGCCGGUGUGAAUAUCGUUUUGAUCGAUGCGCUUCAUCAAUCGCGAGAAAACCCUCCGACCGACUGGCCGGAGGAGGCCUACCACUUAAUUGUGAGACAAGAUUUAGCUGCCCUAUGCAGUAACGAUUCUAAUACCUACGCCUUAGGAAGUUUAAGACGCAACCCUUCCGUCAAUGCCAACGAUGGUGACAAGAAUAGCCUAUCAACAUCCGUUACCCGCACCAACGAAUCCGACUUGGACGACGGCAUGGACGGUAUAGACUUAGAAAUCCUAAAGCUCCGAUGGAGCCGAGACCACCGUAUCUCUGAAGUGCGUCGGCUGCUUGAAUCAUCGCACCCUGUCACAAUUUCAAUCACCCAGAGACCGGAAGUCAGUGACCAUGAGUUUAUAGAAGAGCAAGAGCGACAUUUAUAUGCACUGAGUACCCGCACAAUGGCACUACCUUUGGCCAGAGGAAUGUUCACGCUUCACACCGCCUCCCCUGUGAUCACCGAGCCUUUGUCCAUUCCCCCGCUUUGCCUCACAGGCAAAGCAUCGCCGCGCGAGACAACUAUCGAAUUGAGUCAUAUCGAAGUAGUUCCCAAUAUGAACUUAUGGCCGCUUUUUCACAACGGGGCUGCUGCCGGUCUCAAAAUUUCUCCCAAUGCAGCGAAUAUCGACUCCACCUGGAUUUUGUACAAUAAACCGAAGCAAGGACCAGAAGCCGAACAUGCUGGAUUUUUAAUGGCUCUCGGGUUAAAUGGGCACCUCACUAAUUUCGAGGCACUAACUGCGUAUGAUUAUCUUUUCCGUUGUCAAGAAAUGACGAGUGUAGGUGUUUUAUUAGGGCUCUCUGCCUCGCACAUCGGAACGAUGAAUGUCAAGGCAACCAAAAUGUUGAGCAUUCACCUCGAGUCGUUACUACCCCCAACAAGUGUGGAGCUUGAAGUUCUACAGAACGUUCAGGUUGCUGCUUUGCUGGGUAUGGGACUUGUGUAUCAAGGGACUGCUCAUCGGCAUGUUGCAGAGGUCCUUUUGAAUGAAAUUGGCAAACCUCCUGGUCCCGAGAUGGAAAAUAGUGUUGACCGAGAAUCGUAUUCCUUAGCUGCUGGUCUAGGGUUAGGGAUGGUUGUGCUAGGUCAAGGCAAUCACUUGUCUGGAAUGAACGAUCUUGCCAUUCCAGAUGCUCUUCAUUAUUACAUGGUUGGCGGGCACAAGAGACCCAUAACUGGGACGCAGAAAGAUAAAUACAAGUCGCCAAGCUACCAGAUUCGUGAAGGUGACUCUGUGAACAUCAAUGUCACCUCACCUGGUGCCACUUUAGCGCUGGGAAUGAUGUAUUUCAACACUGGAAACGAAGCCGUCGCUAACUGGAUGAAAGCUCCCGACACACAGUAUGUUCUCGAUUUUGUUUGUCCUGAUUUUCUCUUACUACGUGUCGUUGCAAGAGGACUAGUCAUGUGGUCAGACAUAUUGCCCACUAAAAAAUGGGUCGAAGAUCAUGUGCCCUCUUCAAUUCGACCGUACUGUCUGGUCAAACCUCAAGCGAACAUGAUAAACAGUAAUAUCGACUUUGAAACCAUGAAUCAAGCAUAUUGCAAUAUCAUUGCUGGGGCUUGUAUGGCUAUUGGACUCCGAUUUGCUGGCUCAGCCAACAAUGAAGCAUUCGAAACAUUGCACGAAUAUUGUCUCAUGUUCACCUCAUUGACUGGAAAAUCAAUAGCAGAACUUGCAGGGAAAUCCACAAUUGAAACUUGUUUGAACGUUAUACUCCUCUCUCUAGCACUGGUAAUGGCAGGCACCGGUGAGCUGGAAGUUUUACGUCUUGUGAGAUACCUACGAUCGCGUGUAGGAGGUCCAAGCAACACUGUGGUCACAUAUGGGUCUCAUCUGGCUACACAUAUGGCUCUAGGGCUCCUAUUUCUGGGUGGUGGUCGCUACUCAAUUUCAACAAGCCCUGCGGCCAUCGCAGCUCUGUUGUGCGCUUUUUACCCGAAAUUUCCCACUCAUAGUAAUGAUAACCGCUACCACUUGCAAGCAUUUAGACAUCUUUACUCCUUGGCAGUUGAGCCGCGACUUCUGUUACCGCGUGAUAUCGACUCCAGCAAUCUUUGUUACGUCCAUUUAACCGUUAUCUUUUUAGACACUAAGUACUACCAAAAUCAGUUCGUAAAAAUGAAAGCCCCGUGUAUUUUACCAGAAUUGAAACUGAUCAAGGAAGUCAGAGUCGAUGAUAGCAGGUACUGGAAAAUUACUUUCAAACGAGGCAAAAAUUGGCAUCAUCUUGAGAACAUUCUGAAAAAAUCAAGCUGUUUAGACAUCAAGCAAAGAGCGGGUUGUUUGUCUUAUGCAGAGGAUCCCCACGGCUUUCGGAGUCUGUUAGCCUUUUCUCUUACAACUGACAAAGCCAUUUCCUGGUCUGUAGCCGCCGAGUCGAUUUUCGGCUUUUCCUCAGAACCGAGCAUCAUUAAAAUGGCUCAGUGUUUCCUCGAACAAAUAGAAUGCUCCUCGCGCAAAGAGCUUCAAUUAACACAGCUUCUUACAAAAGUUGUUUAUGAAUGUAUUAUCCAUGACAAGCUUGCAGUUUUACCGUUGUGGUUUGAGGUGAUUCGUGCUUUAAACAAUCUAUUGGAAGCACCGUCUACAUUUUCCUGCUGGCAAUUGAAACUCUUCCUCGCUCUGUCUUUGAACAAGCACAAUAUAAAGAGUUCUGAAGAAAUCCCUGUCAUCUCGAUGGACAUGGCUUUGUCAGUGAAACAGACGAUUAACUACGUCAUGAGCAGUUGGGAAAGUAACUACCAAAUUACUGUGAAACAGUGUCUAAUGGAAUUAGAUUGCGAUUCACAAUCUAAACUUCAGCUCAUCCGAGCAGCAUAUCUUACAUUGUUAGAUUUUCCCUCUCCAGAUCUACUUAAGGAGGCUGUGUCUAAAAAUCUUGAUCCGAUUUCCCUCUCCAAACAGCUGCGCGAGUACAGAAUACCCAUGUCCAGCAUUAAUAAAAUUGGAAUGGACUGAGUUUUCAUUUCAUCGAGUCCGCUUUUUUUUAUGGUCUCCUAAAGAUAGACAGGCUGUACAGAUUAUAGGCAGUUGAAUUUUUAGCUAUGGCCAUGAUGUUUAAGAGAGAUGAUUUUUUUUUAAAAAUAAAAAACAUCUUUAUCUAGUUCUCUCAAAAGUGACUCGGUCUCAAAGCACCCUUCACAUCUUAUGAAUAUACCACCUUUAUUUAACAGCUGAAAUUAAUUAGAUGUAUCCAUCAAAUGUGACAUAUUUUGUAUUCAAUUUAUUCUCCCUUGCCGGAAUGGCAUUUAAUGGUAGAUAACAUGUUUUACAAUUUGUUUGCAUUUUUUUUGCAUUUACUUUUAUCUCUACACUACCACAACUAGUACGACCAGUUAAUCAGACUAACAGUCUAAUAACGUAUCUUGUAUUGUAUUCAUAGAGUUUCCAUGAUUUAAUAAUUUUAAGAAAAGUUGCAAAUUUUUAAUUUGGUAUCUAUUAUUAUACAACCAAAGUGCCUCAUCUCAUGCCAUGUUUCCUGUUAUGCACCAUUAAUAUCAAGUAAACUUUAAACAGUGCUGCAGACAUCAUAAUUUAUUUUCUCUUGAGUAAAUAAUAGUAUUUAUUUCCAAGAUUAUUGUAUUUUUGUACAGAAACUUAAAUCUUCUAUUCUAAGCUGUAAAAUGUUUACUGUAAAAUAUAUAUGGCAUAUUGUUCUUGCUAAAGUAGCCUAAUUUUGGCUGCUAUUUUGGCAGUUCACUGAGUCUGUAUAAAGUUUUUUUCCCUAAA